AUGUCAGACGUCGAGGAUUUCGAUAUUGCCAACUCACUUGCUGUAAGGUCUGAUGAUGAAUUCAGUGAGUCUAGCUAUAGCGACAGCGGCGAGGAGGAGCUUUUAGAUGAAAUAGUUUCUCUGGAUGAUGAAGAUGAAGCACCAAAUUCAAAGAAAAGAACGAAAACAAACAAUAAAGAAGCAUUCCCCAAAUUAGAGAUAUCAGAUGACGAAAAUGGUAGUAAUGAUGAAGACGAUAAUGAUGAAACAUUGAGUACAUACUUUGUCAAAAACAACCCCACGGCAAAAAAGGCCAAAGCAGGUUCAUUUGCCUCGUUUGGUUUAUCUAAAUUCUUACUUGGUAAUAUUGCCAAAAAGGGGUAUAAGCAGCCGACACCUGUGCAAAGAAAAUCGAUUCCUUUGGUUAUGGAUAAUAGAGAUGUUGUUGGAAUGGCAAGAACGGGGUCGGGUAAGACUGCAGCCUUUGUGUUGCCUUUGAUUGAGAAAUUAAAACUGCGAAGUCCAGGUGGUGUGAGAGCUGUUAUAUUAUCACCAUCAAGAGAACUUGCGUUGCAGACAUAUAAGCAAGUGAAGGAAUUUAGUCGUGGUACGAAUUUGCAGUCUAUAGUGAUAAUUGGUGGUGACUCGUUGGAAGAGGAUUUUGGCAAAAUGAUGACAAAACCAGAUAUCAUAGUGUGCACGCCUGGUAGGUUUUUGCAUUUGCAAGUGGAAAUGCUGUACGAUUUAACCACUGUGAAAUAUAUAGUGUUUGACGAAGCAGAUAGACUUUUCGAGAUGGGGUUUGCUGAGCAGUUGAAUGAACUAUUACUUGCCUUGCCCCCAAAUAGACAGUCUUUGUUGUUUUCAGCAACAUUACCAAGAUCCUUAGUUGAUUUUGCAAAAGCAGGAUUGAGCAAUCCCGUGUUGGUUAGACUCGAUGCUGAUUCUAAGAUUUCAGAGAAUUUACAAAUGGCCUUUUUCACAACCAAGAAAAACGAAAGGGAAGCAAAUCUUUUUUACAUAUUGCAAGAGAUUAUAAAAAUGCCCUUGGGCACUCCAGAGGAAGUGAACAGAUUGAUUGCUAUGGAUAAACGAGCGGUCGAGGAAGAUGACGACGAAAACGAAAAGGAGAAGGAGAAGGAGAAUGAUCACAAGGGAAAGAAGAGGAAAUACAAGUUCACAAAAGAGCGAAUGCCUUCAGCAAGCCAAUUACCAUCGGAAAAAUCAACUAUUAUUUUUGUUCCAACCAAGCAUCAUGUGGAGUAUGUGACUAAGCUCUUGCGAGCGGCUGGAUAUUUAGUCUCGUACAUUUAUGGUACCUUAGACCAACAUGCAAGGAAAAACCAACUUUACCAAUUCAAAACUGGUCUCACAAAAAUUCUUGUUGUUACUGAUGUUGCAGCAAGAGGUAUUGAUAUACCGGUAUUGGCAAAUGUUAUCAACUUUACAUUACCUGGUUCGUCCAAGAUUUUCAUACACAGAGUUGGUCGUACAGCAAGAGCAGGUAAUAAAGGUUGGGCUUAUUCAAUAGUCAAUGAAAAGGAGUUACCGUAUCUUUUGGACUUGGAACUCUUUUUGGGUAAAAAGUUGCUAUUGACAAAAAUGCACGAAGCGAAAUGCGAGAUGUUAAAGAAGAAGCAAGGUAGUUCAUACAUUGCACCACGCGUCAACUAUACCGAAAGGCUUGUGGUUGGUGCAAUACCAAGAAUGAACAUUGAAAUUUUUCAAGAACUUUAUGAGAAUUUGCUUAGAAAUGAUUACGAGAUCAAAGUGUUGAAAGAUGUGGCAGCCAAGGGUGAGAAAUUGUAUUACAGAACACGACAACCUGCAUCUCGAGAAUCAUUGAAAAGGAGCAAGGAGAUAAUGGAUACAACCUCAUGGGACGAACAGCAUUUGUUGUUUGGAGAAGAGAAUGCGGAAAAGCUAAAGGAUGAGUUUUUGGCCAAGUUGCAGAAUAGAAAUGUCAAAGAAACUGUAUUUGAAAUCAAAAAGAAGGGAGCUAACGAGAACAGUAGCCUUGCUGAGUUCAUGCACAAGCGAAGACGUCAACUCGAAUUGAUUCAACGUAAAGCUCAAGAGCGAAGGGACUUGCUACAAAAGGAAAAAUUAGCUACAAUCUCUCACAGUAUAGAAGAAGAAGAGGAGAUGUUGAACACCAAGGACAAAAACAGAACUGUCGAUGAGAAUGAACUAAAAGAAACUUUCCAGGAUAGUGAAGAAUUGGUUAAACCAAAGAAAAGCUACCGUGAUCCUCAAUUUUUUAUGAGCCAUUAUGCGCCAGCAUCAGUAAUCCAGGAUCAACAAUUAUCAAUUGCUUCAUCUUUUGCAAACGACGCUCAAGCAGCAGCAUUUGACUUGGAAAAUGAUGACAAGUUGCGUAACAAUAAGCAAGUAAUGAAAUGGGAUAAAAAGAAGGGCAAGUAUGUCAAUUCAUAUUCCACUGAUAAGAAAUAUAUAAUCAGUGAGAGUGGUACGAGAAUACCUGCUUCAUUCAGAUCAGGCAAAUUCGAUGAAUGGAAGAAACAAAGAAAUCUAAAGACAACAACAGCAUCAACAAGCACCAUUAAUGAUACCAAUUACGGUGACAAACGGUUUAAACAUAAUAAAAAACAAACUCCCAAACUACCAGAUAAGUACAGAGACGAUUUCCAUAAACAGAAAAAGAAGGUUGAAAAAGCUCUUGAUUCAGGUAUGAGAGUUAAAGGUUACAACAAACCAGGACAACAACAAGAGUUGAAGUCCACGGAGCAAAUAAGAAAAGCAAGAGCUGUAAAAGAGCAAAGAAGAGCCAAAAAUGCUCGCCCUAGUAAAAAAAGAUAA